UCAUUUCUAAUAGUUUGUUUGAUUAUAUUAUUCUGGGCAAGAACAGGUUUUAAUUAUUUAUAUAGUUUAUAUAGUUUAUUUUAAAAAUAUUUAAGGCUAAAUAAUCAAAGGGCUAGUGAAAAUGUUCGCGCGAUACUCAAUACGUAAGCUUCUUCCUGUUCAAAUCAGCUUUUCUUCAAAUAUAACAUUUUAUUAACGAUAUCAUAAGUGUACGAUUAGCUUAGUAUUAGCGUAUUAGGUCCCGAAAUUUUAUAGUGAUUUCAGCUGGGUGUACACCGGUAAAGUGGCAUACUAGUGCGCCCCAGUCGAAAUCGCUAUUAGGUUCGAAUUCCGUCAACGCCAAUGCGUUUUCAAAAAUUGUAGAGUAAUGCGUAAUCGUAAUAAUAUCAACAGGUUCUGUCAACAGGUUCUGUCAACAGAAGCGAAUAAGCAGCGAAUAAGUAAUAAUAUCGUUAUGUUUAUUACAUUAUUAUUACUUAUUUUUAUUUUAAUGGUGUACUUUGUAUACCAUUUUUACAUCCAUUAUGGGCGAUUUGGACAACUAAUCCAUAAAAUACCAGGACCACCAAGUUAUCCAAUUAUCGGUAAUUUGUUUCUUCUGCUAACUAAACAAGUUGGUGACGAAUAUUAUCCAAUUUUUAGAAGGUGGGCUUUUUGGGAAGGUUUAGUAUCUAUUCGUCAUCCUGAUGAUCUGGUAAUACUAAGUAGUAAAACAACUACUGACAAGAGUAGAAUUUAUGAUGUACGACAUCCUUGGCUCGGGUUGGGUCUUCUCACUAGUGGAGAAUCACAUUUAAUACAUGUCGGAACAAUAAUGCAUCUUUAUAUUUAUGGAGUUCAUAGAGAUCCUAAUUUUUGGCCAAAUCCAGAAAUAUUUGAUCCAGACAGAUUUUUACCGGAAAACAGCCAAAAGCGUCAUCCUUAUUCAUACAUACCAUUUAGCGCUGGAUUUCGUAAUUGCAUUGGUCAACGAUUUGCUAUGUUGGAAAUGAUGGCGAUGAUAGCUCUUCUGAUUCAAAAUUUUUAUUUGGAGCCUGUUGAUCUUUUGAAGAACCUUCGAUUAGGACCUGAUUUGGUACUUCAUCCUCUUGGUGGACAUCGUAUAAAAUUUAUACCAAUAGCCACAUAAUGUACUCAG